CCGCGCAGUGCUGUGCCCGGCCCGGCCGGGCUCCCGCCACCCCUUCGUGCCUCAUCUCGAGCGGGUCGGUGGCAGGUGCCGGUGCGGCACCAGGGAGCGCCCUCAGCUCCUCCGGGCUCCGGACGCUGCCCGGCCCGCCGAGUUUUUUUAUCAUCUAAAGACUGAAUAUGGACCCUGAAAGUGAAAUAAAGAAGCAAAUAAACCCCUUUUACUGCAAUAUUUGCAAAAUCUGGUGUUCUUCUGCACUAAACUUGCAGACUCAUUUCCUUGGAGCAAAACACAGGACGGUUGAAGAAGCACUGAAAACUCAUGGCAUGAUCAAAACAGAAGGUUCCUUAGGAAAGAAAUUGAAAACAACUGUGAAACUUCCUGAUUUUGGGAAAAAAAUGAAAACACCUGCGAAACUUUCUGAUUUUGCGCCACUUGAGCCAGAGAAGCUUCACGGACAGACACUGGAAGACCAGCUUAAUACAUGUAAAGAAUCAGAACCUGCACUUGGACUUAAUUACAUAAUAGAAUACCGAACAAAAGACAAUGUUCCUUUUCUCUAUGAAUGUCAACUAUGUUACUGUAAAACAGGACUGAGUAACAUGUUCAUGCAUGUUUGUGGUUCCAAGCACAGACUGGCAUACUUGAGGCAACAUUAUCCAGAGAUAGCACAAUCUGAUGAAGUCAAGGGUAAAGGCUCUGAACUAAACAAAAGAGUUAGGCAAAUUGGAUUAACAAUUGAGAAGAAAGAAGGAAGAAAACAAAUACAGGUUGUUAUAGGUGUUCCAAAAAUGAGAAGGAAAUGGCAAGAAUCUCACAGUGCAGAGGACAGCCCUUCAAAAGCUAAAGUUCAGCAUGUGGAUGCACCCCUUAGUGAUGCAGAAAAAACAGAUAAUCAAGAUGGGGAACUGACAGAGCCUAUGCAAGAUGAAAAUAAUGUUCAGGAGGAGAAUGAAGAAAGGCAGGAAGAACAGGGAAAACCAGAUGAAAAAGUUGAACCUAAUAAUGCUAUUGAAAGCAGCAAAGGCAAUGACUCAGAAUGGUGUGAGGCCAAUAAACAAUCAGAGGAAGAAAACACAGAAGCUCAGCAAGAAUUUACAGAAGAUCCUGAAGAAUUCACUAGUCAAGAAGAACUGUUGGGUUAUUUGCAAAGUUUUGAGAUACUGAAUGAAGAUGAUGCUUCAUUUAUCCUGAAAGUCACACAGACUCUCACAAAUGCACUGGUGGAGUAUCGUCAGCAGGCUGCAUCAAACAAAGACCACCUAGGUGCUGGAUAUAAUGGAGAAGCAGCACUAGAAUAUUCCACAGAACAGCCUGGCCCAACUUCAGCAGAUAUUAAUGACUCUGACACUGACUACUCAAGCAGCUGGUCAGCUAAGCAGUUCUUACCAGCCAGUGAAGAUGAAGCCCAGAACUUUUCAAGUGGUUCUUUGGAAACAGCAUAUGAGAACAACAUCACGACUGAAUUUUUGAAGAGUGUAAGAAACAUGAAUGCUGAGGAAGUUACUGAUACCCUGCACAAAAUAGCAGCAUCAAAUCCAGCUUUCAGAGGAAUCGAUAUACCGAAUGUUAUAAGGAUCCUGACUGAAAGUGGAACUCUGAGGGGACCAAGCAAUGGCAGCACACAGUGACAUGGUACUUAAUAAUGUAGCAAUGUUUACUUUCUGUAAGUUUGUUGCUUUACUUCAUUUGACCUCAUGGAGUUAUUUUGUUUUACAUUUAAGUUUUGUACAGUGUUUUUUUAUAUUAAAUUAAUGACUUGCUUUUGAUGUUCUUGUUAUUUAUUUUUCCAUUUAGCUGAAAGUUCUAUAUUGUGGAAAGGUUGUAAAGCUCAUGCUCAUUCUUUCUGUGUUAAGACAGCUUUUUAAAACAGGUAAACUUGCUUUCUUCAGUAUUAUUAAAUACUGUACAUUGACAGUCUGAA